CUCCGUUUAAUCGCGCUCAUAUGGGUGUGGCGAGCAGGAAUGUGCUUUUAUGGCCACCUUGUGUUAAUUCAUUCACCGGAGCGGUGUCGGUCAGUAAAAUGCCUCCAUUAUAAUGCCUGCAUAUCGGUUUGAUCGUGCCGUGGGCGAUUUCCGUUUAGCAGAGAGCAGUGCAAACCGGCAGCAGAACACAGAGAGAAGAAAACGCAAGAAAUGAAGGGGACAUUUGGGUUGUUGUUUUUGCGCAAAGCAUAAAAUGUGCUCGCUCUGUUCUCGCGUUCAUUCUGAGCUCCUAUAAAAAAAAGACGUCCAACCCAGUGAAAUUACUCUCAUCACGCCCCCAAUAGCCCCCCGACUCCAGGGAAAACACAACACACAUAUAUAUACACACACACACAUAACUUUUGCGUCUACGCCGCCAGUCUGUCCGCUCACGGCGCGCGACCAGGAGCUCCUUUUUAUUUAACGCUUUGUUUUGUUUCUCCUCCGCGGACACCCAGGGAACGAGGAGGAGUGUGGACGUCGGUGGGGUUUUUUUUGUUUUGUUGGUUUUUUUUUUUUUUUCAUCUGCGGGAGUUUUGCGGUCCGGUUCCGGUUCUCGUGCGAGGAACAGGAGGACGCGGAGAACACGAGGUAUCGCUCGCGCGCUUCGCCGUUUCCGGCAUUCCCCCCUCUUCACUAGCAGCCGGCUCGGACUGCGGUACCCGGAUUGUCCGCUUCCUUCUCCGUUUGACUUGAUGAGCCGCCGGAGUCUGUCUUCAGCAAGACUUUUCAUUACACCGUUUUUCUCCUCCGCCUCCUCCACAUCCUCUCCCGUGCUGUCGCGCUUUCCAGUCCGACAUGGAAGAUGGGCCGCCUUCGACAAGCUGCUUCAGAAGGCUCGCGGACUGUUUCCUCGGCUCAAGUCUGACGGAUGAGAAAGUGAAGGCGUACCUUUCCCUGCACCCGCAGAUGCUGGACGAGUUUGUGCUGGAGAGCGUGAGCGCGGAGACGGUGGACAGAUGGCUGAAGCGCAAGAGCAGCAGCCCUCCUACAGAUGAGUCUUCAACUAAAGAAGUAAGCAGGUACCAGGACACUAAUAUGCAGGGCGUGGUUUACGAGCUGAACAGCUACAUGGAGCAGCGGCUGGACACAGGCGGAGACAACAAACUCCUGCUGUACGAAUUGUGCAACAUCAUCAAAACAGCCACAAAAGCUGAUGGUUUUGCACUAUACUUCCUUGGAGAAUGCAACAAUACCCUGUGUUUAUUCACGCCAACCGGGGCGAAGGAGGGGCUUCCUGGGCUCAUCCCCUCCGGUCCCAUUGCGUUCGGUACCACCAUAGCUGCUCACGUUGCCAAGACACGCAAGACACUACUUGUAGAAGACAUCAUGGGGGACGAGCGGUUCCCUCAUGGCACAGGGCAGGACUCAGGGAUCCAUGUUCACUCUGUUCUGUGUCUCCCCAUCCUCACGGCCAUCGGAGACCUGAUUGCUGUGCUGGAGCUGCACCGCCACCUGGGCCGAGAGCCCUUCAACCUCAGCCACCAGGAGGUUGCCACUGCAAAUUUAGCAUGGGCUUCUGUAGCUAUUCACCAAGUGCAGGUCUGCAGAGGUUUAGCAAAGCAGACAGAGCUCAACGACUUCCUCCUAGAUGUGUCAAAAACGUACUUCGACAACAUUGUGGCAAUAGAUUCUCUACUUGAACAUAUCAUGAUAUAUGCAAAAAACCUGGUGAAUGCAGACAGAUGCGCCCUCUUCCAGGUCGAUCACAAUAACAAAGAGCUGUACUCUGACCUCUUCGAUAUCGGGGAGGAGAAUGAAGGGAAGCCGGUAUUUAAGAAAACCAAAGAAAUUAGGUUUUCUAUAGAGAAGGGCAUAGCGGGUCAAGUGGCACGAACAGGAGAGGUCUUGAAUAUUCCAGAUGCCUAUGCAGACCCACGGUUCAACAGAGAAGUGGACCUGUAUACUGGCUACACAACACGGAACAUCCUGUGCAUGCCCAUCGUCAGCCGAGGGACCGUAAUAGGCGUGGUACAGAUGGUGAACAAGCUGAACGGAAGUGCCUUCACUAAAACUGACGAGAACAACUUUAAGAUGUUCGCUGUCUUUUGUGCUCUGGCCUUACACUGUGCAAAUAUGUAUCAUCGGAUCAGACAUUCAGAGUGCAUCUACAGAGUGACGAUGGAGAAACUUUCAUACCACAGCAUCUGCACAUCUGAGGAGUGGAAGACUCUCACACAGCUUUCCCUUCCUACCCCUAUAUACAAAGAGAUUGAACUGUUCCACUUUGACAUUAGCCCUUAUGAGGAACUCUGGCCUGCAGUCUUUGUGUACAUGGUUCACAGUUCAUGUGGGAAAAACAGUUUUGAGCUGGAGAAGUUGUGUCGCUUCACCAUGUCAGUGCGAAAGAAUUACAGACGGGUUCCAUACCACAACUGGAAGCAUGCGGUGACGGUGGCCCACUGCAUGUACGUCAUUCUCCAGAAAACCUCUGGAAUCUUCACUGAACUGGAGAGGAAAGGUCUGCUCAUAGCCUGCUUGUGUCAUGAUCUCGACCACCGAGGUUACAGUAACAGCUACCUGCAGAAGUUUGACCACCCGCUGGCGGCGCUGUACUCCACGUCCACCAUGGAACAGCAUCAUUUCUCCCAGACGGUGUCUAUCCUGCAGCUGGAAGGGCACAAUAUUUUCUCCAACCUGACUUCCAGCGAGUACGAGCAGGUGCUAGAGAUCAUCCGCAAAGCCAUCAUCGCCACCGACCUGGCACUCUACUUCGGCAACCGCAAACAGCUUGCUGAUCUGCUGAGCACAGGAGCGCUGGACCUGAACAACCACGCCCACAGGGACCGCGUAAUAGGCCUGAUGAUGACGGCGUGUGAUCUCUGCUCUGUUACUAAACUGUGGCCUGUCACUCGCCUCACAGCCAAUGACAUCUAUGCAGAGUUCUGGGCUGAGGGGGAUGAGAUGAAGAAGAUAGGAAUGCAGCCCAUUCCCAUGAUGGACAGGGAUAAGAAGGAUGAGGUUCCUCAGGGACAGGUGGGGUUUUACAAUGCAGUGGCCAUUCCCUGUUACACCACACUGUCUGAGCUGUUCCCUCCAUCUGAUCCUCUUCUUCGAGCCUGCAGGGAAAACCUGGGCCAGUGGGAGCGUAUCGUUCGAGGGGAAGAGCCAUGCGCGUGGACUCCAUGUGAGGAACCGGAGCAGAGUGAGCUGCUAGAGUCUGGACCAGUCAAAGUGGACAACUGACUCAGCCUGAGACCUUCAGCCUUGAACACGACACCAUCCACACCCUGCCAGAGACACUGCACUUCCUUUAGAACAAUCCCACUUCCUCUGGAGAUGGGAGGGAGCAGAGAGGCCAGGCAGGAGAGGUGAUAUUCACCAAGCAACUAAAGGAAGAAUCUUUAAAAAGAAAAAAAAAAAGACAAAGCAAAACAAGCGUUACCUCAGUGGGUGACAGAGGCUAGAGACUCUAAUUAUAAUGGCUCUCCCAGGAAGCAGGAUUCGAUUGCCUCAAAUCUGCUCAGUGUGGGACCGCCUUUGGUCUGAAUGGACUUCUUUAGCUUCGAGUUUUCCUCGGAUGGUGGCUUUUUUUUUUGCUUUUUUUUUUUAAUGUUUAGUUUUGAGGUGAAAUCUAAUUUUUUGUUUGUUUGUUUUUCAAAACGGUUUCUUUUGUGGUCUUAUAUUUGAAGAGGCCUUAAAAUCUGAACCUUGCAGUUCCUACUAAAUGACUUGUAACUGGAGAAGGUUCAGAUCGUCUGAAACGGUACUUUAAUUCCUGCUGUGAUCAAAACAUCCAACGCGAAACCUACUCGGGAAGUUUCGGGAGAGACGGUAGGGAGCGUUAAAGGUGCGCGAGGCAAGGCCGAGCACGGUGGCAGACUCGUGGACGUGUUCUUUUCAUUUGUGCAAAGAUGUUUUGCAGUACUUGAAUGAAGAAAUACAGCCUAUUCUGUGUGGGGAGGGAGUUCGGGGGCAGGGGGAGAAAAACAAACCCUGCAGUGUAUCCGUCUGAAGUAAGAGAGCUGUUGUGACGAACCUUACUGUAGUCACACGAGAGUCACAAUGUUCCUCUCUAAAAAAAAAUCUAUGACCAUUCAACCUGAUGUACAAAUCAGCUUUUGAUCCUCUCGUCCUAAAAGUGCUGGACCUUGGGCAAUUGACUUUUUUUUUUUUUUUUUUUUUUUUUUUUUUUAAGGCAAACAGUAAUAAAUGUUCUACACAGUGACGCUGUAGUGACAGACACACAAACGUAACCUAGAGAUUCUCAUUAAACGGUAAUAUUUCAUUUGUAUUUAUAUAGACUUCCGAAAUGUUCACUGCACUCUAAAAUAGAGCUGUUUAUUGUUCAUUUUUAUAUUACUGUCAUACUUAUGCACAAGACUUACACACGGCUCAUUAGUGCUUAGCGCUCUUAGUCCUCUGAAUUUGGAGAAAAAGUUGUAGUACUGUAUAUGUAGGACAGGAAAGAAAAACAACCACUAUGACUGAUGCAGUCUGGCUUACUAACAUUUCUGCCUAGCUGUUUGUUUUUUUUUUCCCCACAAAAAAGCAACACAUGGCACUCAUAAUUACUGUUUCGAAACAUUCCCUGACCUUAAUAGUUCUAUCUGGGUUAAAACUAAAUAGGAGAAACUUAUAAUGCUACCAUGAUGAUUAAUAGAAUAAUAGUGACAUGAAUGACUAUUAGAGAGAUCUUAGAGAACAUCUUAAAGCAAUAAGUGAAUAUUUCAUUAAGAAAAUUAUUUAGAAACACUGAAUGGAACAAAAAAAAACAUGGAGUGUGAGGAGUAAUAAAAUUCCGAGUAAUAAAAAACAGUCAAACCCUUCGGCGUAUUCUCAAAUCGCAAUGAUUUUCAAAUCAUUAUGUGUGGAAUAAUGAAACACUGUGUUAAAACACACACUGUGCUCUUAAUUGUUCAAAACAAUACAUUCGAGUCGCACGCAAUUGGGCUACACUUGAAACAAACAACACGGCCAAAGACUAAUUCGAAUCGCCUAUGAAGUCGGAGACGCCUGUACAGCGUCUUCUCCGAUUAAAUGGUUUGUUCCCGAAAAUAGAGCAGUGUCAUGCAUGGUUUGAUUUGGCUUGCGUUUCUGUUUUUCAGCCUGUAAUACGCUGGGACGUGGCCAGAGCUCUGAGCGCCUUCGUGUAAAUCCUGCAGAACUGAUGAGUGAAUGUAAGCGACACAGUGGCACUGCUUAACCAUGCCUGUAGGGGGGAGGGGGGGGGGGGUUGGGUUACCAAAGGAGUACAAUGUCUGAUAUGGUCAUGUAUGUUCAGUAAGUACAGCUUCCAUUAGAGUGUGUGUGUGUGACAGAUUUUCUCUUCCCCUCCAUCCUUUUGGCACAUGUGCAAUGUGUGUGUGUGUGUGUGUGUGAAAAUGUGUUUGUAUUCACGGACGUAAGCUACACUCUUAUGGUGCUACCUUAGGUCUUAGGCAGCCAUGCACUUUCAGAUUGUGUGUGUGUGUAUGCAUGCAUGUGUGCCCACCAUAAACCCCUUAAAACAAGAAUCCGAGUUAAGAGGAACUUCACAGCAUUAUCCACCUCAGUGACUGAGCUCAUCCACAGCUUCUUUUUCUCCCCUCAUAUGCACUAUGUUUAGAGACUAUUAUUAUUAUUAUUAUUAUUAUUAUUAAUACUAUUAUGUUGUCCUUAAUUUUAUUAUGGCUCCUAUUAUAUUGCUAUUAUUAUUAAUGCAACCUUCAAUGAUUAUUAGCAUUGUUAUUUUCUUAAUUAGAAUUAAAUUAACUUAUAUUUUUUAUACAAAAAAAAAAGUUAGCGUUUUUUUUUUUGUUUGUUUGUUUGUUUGUUUUGUACAGAGCAAAGUUGUGCAUCAUUAAAGUGAACGGUCAUGUAGACCCACUGUUGCCCAUGAAUAAUGAGGAAUGUCUUGACUGUAAAUAUAAGAGCAGUAAUUUUAUUAAAUAUU